GCAAAAGAGAGAAUAAACACCCUCACACACAGAUCAACUGCACCGGCUUCUAGGCGUCUGGUGACAGUUCUGCUAAGAGAUUCCUUCCUCUUUGAAUCCCUGUUGGACACUCCCUCCCGCCAGGGGCUGCAGGUGACUGAUCUGAAGCUUGGGCCCCUCCAGUCCGGACCCUCCCUCCUUUCAGGCAAGGAUCCAAAGAGGCCAGCUGCAACCUUAGCCAUCCCCUGCCCCAUUGCCGCCUCAGUGGACUCAAAGUCACCUCUGCUCCAGCAACCGCUGGCCAGAUCCGGCUAGGGACUCCCUCCCACUCCACAGCAGGAUCCAGGAACUGGUCCCUAUUGGGCAAUCAUUAAUCGGAUUCUUGGCAUUCCCUGUCCCUGGCCAGCAUGCUCCUCACUGGAGAAGGAGCAGAGGGCCAGGACUGGCAUUUGGACAUGCAGCUGCCCAGCAAGGUGGUGCUGUCCGCAGCUGCGCUGCUCCUAGUAACUGCGGCUUACAAACUCUACAAGUCCAGGCCUGCCCCAGUCGGGCAGGCAGGGAGAAACAACAAGGACCACAAAGCAGAAAAUGAAACAGAGGGCUUGGGACAACUUGCCUUCCAGGAGGCUCCACCGGGGACCCUGCCAAGGGGUCGAAGACGCAGGAAGGCCAGCAAGGGGGCUGGGACCUCACUGGACUACAGCUUGGUGGAUCCAGAAGACUCCUGCAUCCUGGACAUUUCCAGGUCUGAAGAGGCCACAAGAAAAGGCUCUGAUGAAAGUCAGGGCAGGCAGUGUCCAGGCUCUCAGCAGGUGCCUCCUCCCUGUGGUGGCCAGGAAGCCGGAACAGAUGUUACAGGUAAGCCCAACCCUCCCCACCUCCCUCAUUCGGGCUGUGAACCCAGGAGCUCCUCAGGCAGACUUGUGCCAGGAGUGGGUGGCAGCUGUGUGGGUGACAAGCUCUCUCCAUGGCCAGACAGCAGACCCCCAGAGGAAACAGGAUCUGGGGACCCGGAAGCCCCCAACGGUUGGACUGAUCUUACACUGGUCAAUGGUGACAUGAACCAGAGUUGGGUCUUCACACACAUGACAGGGGUCAGCAGGGGAGAGGCCGGGGUCCUCCAGGCUGCUGCAGACAUGGGCUUGGCCACGCAGCAGCAGGAAGGAGCCACCAACACCUCCCAUACCUUCUCAUCUGUGGCCCGGAUCCAGAUGGAGGAGAAUAUUAUACAAAAGGCAGAGGGACCAGGGCUGAAGGGCAGAGUAUAUGACUACUUCGUGGAGUCCAUGUCGAAGGCUGUCUCCAGGCCAGUUCCCUGCCCAGCAGCUCUGGCUGAUGCUCCAUCCCCUGGGCCUGGACCAGAGCCCCUUGUCACCGGAGCAGCCUCCAGAGAUGAAGCCGCUAACACAGCCGGUGGUGGUGCAUCUGAAGCAGCAUCCCUGCAGCCUGUGGCAUCCCCGUCUGCACCAGGCUUCAGCAGAAAGGUGAGUCUUCUGCAGAUCGCUGAGAACCCAGAGCUCCAACUGCAGCCUGAAGGCUUCAGGAUGCCUCUUCCUGCCCACCUGGACCAGAGAGCCCAACUCAGCUCAGCCUGCAGCCACGGGGAGCCCCACGUGCAGCUUGUAGCUGGGACCAAUUUCUUCCACAUCCCGCUCACCCCGGCUUCAGCUCUGGAUGUCCGCCUGGACCUGGGCAACUGCUACGAGAUGCUGACCUUGGCCAAGAGGCAGGGCCUAGAGGCCCUGAAGGAGGCAGCCUACAAGGUAUUGAGUGAUAACUACCUUCAGGUCCUCCGAAGCCCAGACAUCUACGGGGGCCUGAGCGGAGCAGAGCGGGAGCUGAUCCUCCAGCGAAGGUUCCGUGGCCACAAGCGCCUGGUGGUGGCAGACAUGUGUCCCCAGGAUGAUAGUGGCCGCCUCUGUUGCUAUGACAAUGUGCAGGAUGCUUGGCACCCACUGGCCCAGCUGCCCCCAGAAGCCAUGUCCCGGGGUUGUGCACUCUGUACCCUAUUCAAUUAUCUGUUUGUGGUGUCUGGCUGCCAGGGACCUGGGGGCCAACCCUCCAACCGCGUCUUCUGCUACAACCCCCUGACAGCAAUCUGGAGUGAGGUGUGCCCACUGAACCAGGCUCGGCCUCACUGCCGGCUGGUGGCCCUGGAGGGGCACCUCUAUGCCAUUGGAGGUGAGUGUCUGAAUACAGUGGAGCGUUAUGACCCUCGCCUGGACCGCUGGACCUUUGCCCCGCCUCUCCCAAACGAUACAUUUGCCCUGGCACACACAGCCACGGUGUGCGCCAAUGAGAUCUUUGUCACCGGGGGCAGCCUGCGCUACUUGCUGCUCCGAUUCUCGACCCAGGAACAGCGUUGGUGGGCCGGCCCCACCGGGGGCAGCAAGGACCGCACGGCCGAGAUGGUGGCUGUGAAUGGCUUUCUCUACCGUUUUGACCUCAACCGCAGCCUGGGCAUCAGCGUGUACCGCUGCAGUGCCAGCACCCGGCUCUGGUAUGAGUGUGCCACGUACCGCUUACCUUACCCUGAUGCCUUCCAGUGCGCCGUUGUGGAUGACCAUAUCUAUUGUGUGGGACGCAGGCGCAUGCUCUGCUUCCUGGCGGAUCACAUCUCACCCAGGUUUGUGUCUAAGGAAUUAAAGGGUUUCCCUUCUGCACGGGGCACCCUUCUGCCUGCCGUCUUGACCUUGCCUGUCCCUGAUGUGCCUCAGACCCCUGUCUAGCAGUCCCUCAGCUGGGCCCCAUCAGGAUUCAGAGAAACCCCCUGCCUAUCACUCUGGGUAAGAAGCAAGCAGGACCAUGACAGGCCGUGGAGUGGAAAGUGAUCUCUCCUCCACCACAGGCUAUGGGGCCUUGGAGGAUUCUUGAAAAGCCACAUUACAGGCCUGCCACAACAUCGAAGCCGGAGCCUAGCAUUCCAUGACAGCUGGAGUCCCACAACUUCGUGAGUGACUGACCCAGCACUGUGAUUCAAGUCAGGAUUCCUGGUGGGGGCUGUUUCAGGAUCCCACAGAAAUGAAGGGUUACAGUCUUCUCCCAAUCACAGUUCCAGGGGCCAGGGUACCUCCAGACGAUUUCUCAAGCUGGUUGGUUUUCUGUGAGCUACCACAGACCACCUUCUUAAGCAAUGGUCUCACCAAUUCCUAAGCAUUGAGGCCCACUUUAGAAGCUUCUAGAAGCACCUGGAGCACAGGUGGAAAGAACUGAAGGAGGGUUUGGGCAGGAGCAGGAAGCAGCUCAGGAUAGCCCUGAGGUUUGGCCAGCAGGACAGGCACAGCUGAAGCUGAAGGCAUCCACAGUAACGCUGUUUGAGAGCAUAUUGGCCAAGGCCCACUUUUUUUUUUUUUUUUGUUACCUCAAGUUCUGUGUGCUGGAAAGAGAAAGGCAUCCAUCUUGACAGGAGUUCUAUUUGCAUAUUAAUCAUUGCACAAUUGAGGUCUUGGGAGGCAGAUGUGGUUCCAGGCUCCCUUUUCCGGCCCCUGCCAUGCCCACAACCACCUGACCUCAAUAGACUCCCCAGAGUUCAGAAUCCUCUCUGCCUGGGCAGGGCAGCCACCAUUCUUCAGCUCGUCCAUGUGACCAGCUCUGUGUCUGGUGGCCGAUGGCCAUCUCAUCUGCCUCGUUGGAUGAGAAGGAACGAGGAAAGGCAGGUCUGGGAUGGAGCCAUGGAGUUGGAAGAUUCUAGUGGAGCAUCCAGGCCCCCAAUCUUUUAUAUUGAAGGGAAUCCAACUUCCAGGAUGAAAGGCAGAGAGCCUGGUCCACCCUGUUACCCUGCCUACUAAGCCCUUGCUCCAUUCUGAGGGAGACAAAGAUAUUGAGAGAAAAGUGAUGAUGCUCUAGAGAUGAGCCAGGAGCCAGGGGGGUGCGAGUCACAAUCGGGGCGGGGCCUGACAAGUGGACGGAUGACAAAAACCUGGACACUGGCCCUAUAAAAAAACCUUCCCAGAUCCCAGGGGUGGCCAUGCAGCUGUGAGAACUGAGGCUGGGGCACUUUGGGGAAGAUUUGGGGUUAGGAUGUAGAACAAGGAAGAGUUUUGACAUGGAGAUGAGAAGAGAGCAUUUGUUGUACUGUACAAGGUGACUAUUCCUGGCCAGAGGCCUAGAGGAAGAACCAGCUGAACACACUUGAAAUUGAAAGCUGAGCAAGAAAGACUGUCUGAGCCAAUGUCCCCUCCCCUCUGCCCCUUGCCUCCCCUACCAAAGUCAUGUCACAUUACUCACACAUCAACCUCUGAGAAACAUUGGGGUGGGGGAAAUGGAUGGCUUCAGUAAAAUGACUCAAAGAGGACAUUGCCAGGCGGAGGUGGGGCAAGGUGCUUUUGGGAGAUACACCCAGCUUCCAGGCACAGGCUAGCCCGAAGAUGAAACAUGUUAAGGAAACUUCCAGAAGCCUGUGGCACACCAAAAGUAAGAACCAGGCAAGUGAUUCCAGGGAAGUUGCAAAAAAGAAAAACAAACAAACAAAAACCCCAAAACCCUGUGUUUUGUGAAUUGUGAAUUGUGAGUGUGAUCUUUAUUGAAAGAAGGGGCGCUGAGACUAAGCUGUUGUACAUCCCUUAGGCUCACGUGGCAGACAUCACCAAUCAAUCCCUGAUGAGCCCUUAUAAUGACCUCAGAACUGUUCAAAACAGAAGCCCCACAGUCAUGGCCCGUAGGUUAGAGCUGGCAUGUCGUUACUGGCUUGACGAGGAGCUGGUUUGGGGAGUGGAAGUGGUUAUAGCAGAGCCAAGUAACCCAGGGAACCCAGCAGAGGCACGGUGGACAGAGUUCACUGGUGAGAUGAACACGUGCAGUCUGUUUGGGCCAGGCUGGGCACUGCUCUUCCGGUGGGGGAGCAGCAGUGUCCCAGUGGAGGAGAACAAGCUGAUUCAUAGACCAAUCACAGGCACAGAAAGCGAUUGAACUCAGCAUGCUUAACUGCUAAGGCAAGGGCAAAGCAAGCCCUGCAAGACAAUCAGGCCUCCGAGAGGAAAUGUAUCGAAAUGUAUCAAAAUGUAUGGGAGGAGGGAUCAGUUUGGAGAUUCACCUAGAGGGAAGGGGAAGGGUUUUGCCACAAAGGCAAGGGGACAGGGCUGCUUCUGAGGAGGACAGUCUCAGGGUGGUAGAGGGAUAGACCACUGAUCUGGCUUUGUUCCCUGGGAGAGAAGCCGAUUUGGUACACUUGGGGACAGUUACAAGGGAGUCACAGGUACCCUGUUCAAGUCUGCGGCUGUGGGCAGCCUGCUGGCUCAGAGUCUAAUUCCCACUUGACUUUAGGAAACAGCCUACAGUCUGGGGACAUCCUGGCCUCAGCCUCUGAGUAGCCUAAGCAUCAGGGGGCUCUGAGGACCAUCUGUCUUGCUUUUUUUCUAAUAAGAGUUCUUACUGCUUUAGGGGAGGAAAGAUGAUGUGAGGGUUAUUUUCCACUUUAAGCCUGUCUAUGUCCCUUUAUAGAAAAAUAAAUAGACAAUUGGAAGAUAGAGAAAUGUAUUUUAAAAAACUGUCAAUUCUGCCACCCAAAGAUGUCUCCUGAGGGGUGUGUGUCCCUGGGGUCUCUUUCUUCUGUUUGUAGGUUUUGUUUGGCUUGGUUUUUGCCCGGGUGUAUUUGUGCUGAACAUACAAUUCUGUUGCUUCCUUCUGCACACAGCGUUUUUCAGAAUAAGCAUCCUCCCGUGUUAUUACAAACCCUCGGUAAACAUCAUUUUCAAAAGGCACUGAAUAUUCCACCCACUGAAUGGAUCGCACUUUAUUUAAACACGUUCCCCUCCUGUUGGGCCCGUGGAUUCCCCCCACCCCUGUUGGUUUCUUUUUCUCUCAUAAAUAAAAUAAAUGGUCUUUGUUUCUC